UUAAUUAAAAAAUAUAAUUUAAUUUAUAGUCUACAAGGUUUGAUAGACUCAUUGGAACCAGUAUUUGAAGGAAGUCCAGUAUUAAAUGAUAUGAAAAUAAUAUUGAAAGGAAUUCAAGGUUUAAAAUCUUUGCAAGGCCUUCAUUUAUUUGAUAUAAAAUAUCGUGUUCAAGACCUUUUCUCUGAUCCAAACUCAUUAAAGAAACUGUUAAAAAAAGAUCUGGCAAUUGAUGACGAUGCUGUGGAAUCUGUUAUGAAUGCCAAUCUAGACUUAACUGUGCUUUUAGCAAAUGAAAAUCCAACAACUGCUAAAGAUAUUUUUUGCAAUCCAGCUGAAUUGAAACAAUUAUUAAAUGUUGAAAAUUCAAAUAUUACUAUUGAGGAAAUAAGUACAACACUGUGCAGCAUUUCUGCAUCUCAAGCUGUUAAAGCAUCAACUAUACUGCUUAGAGAACUCGCAUUAUCACGCAUAAUUGGAAAUUUUGCAAAAUUGGGAAUUGAAGAUUUAAUUCAAAGAGCAGGUUUAAGUUGGGAUGAAGCUGUAAAUACAAUUAAUAUACUUAAAUUGGCACCCUCCAUAAUACCAAAAAUAAAACAGCACAUUUCAGAAUUAACGAAAUCAUUGGAUCCCGAAUUUAGAGAACAUUUAAUGCAGCUAAAUGUUACAAAUGAUGGAAUUCGUGUUUUGGGAACACCUCAGGCUUUGAAAGCAUCUGGAAAAAUUUUAUGCGGUAAGCCUCUGAAAACACUUCAAGAUGAGUUUAACGUCUUGCAAAUUUCUCAUAGUGCACCUCAACUGGAUAAAAGAGAUUUGGAAGAACUACCAAGUGUUUUCUGUCAACACGGAUACGAGCAAGUUAUGAAUAUGGUAGGAGGACCUAUUGUUUGGGGUUUCUUUAAGCCAAUCUUACGAGGAAAAAUUUUAUUUUCUCCCAACAACAUAAAAACUCAGUUAAUUAUGAAAGAGCUAAACAGAACCUUUAAUUCUAUUACAAGAUUUAUAGAUAUAUUACAUGCUUGGGGAGAAGGAACAAGUGGACUACAAUAUUUGCAAAAACAUGAACAUAAAUUUGAGAAAAUGAAAAAACUGAUUCAAUCAGAUGCAGUUCAGCCUCUGAUUUCUCAGGUUAUUGGUGAUGAUGCUAGUAAUAUAUUAAAAGGAUUUAAUAUUGCUUCACUUAGAAAUCAAAUCAGUAAUGUAAGCGGACUUCUUGACUUAGUACAACUGGUUGGAAAUAUGUCGCAGUGUUUUGAACUUAAUAGAUUCGUUGGAUUUGAUAAUGAACUUGAACUAGAAAAAGCAGCGUCAGUUUUGCACGAAAGAAGAGAAUUUAUUGCUGCUAUUGUAUUUUUAAAUAUAAAUGAAACUAGAGAAAAAAGGGAUGUUGAGAAUACAGGUCGUUUGCCAUCACAUAUAAAAUAUAAACUAAGAAUGGAUAUAGAUAAUAUACCAUCUACACGCAAAAUUCGUGAUAAAUUUUGGAAACCAGGUCCUAGAGAUAACUUUUUAGAUGAGCUUAGAUAUUUUCGUGGAUUCAUACAAUUGCAGGAGUUAGUAGAUCAAGCAAUCACUAUUAUACAAACAGAUUACAAUAUGAGUAUAUCUGCAUCAUCUUAUAUGCAGCAGUUUCCCUAUCCAUGCUAUGAAAAAGAUGAGUAAGUGCAAGACAACACU